GUUUUAGCGUUAGCCUUUAGCAUUCCCCUCUUUCGUUCGUUCUACUUGUAACUCACUCUCUUACUAAGCCCUUAACAAUGGACACUCUUCCCAAAUUGCGUCACUCUAACCUAUCUCUAAAUCACCACCGUUCAUCAUUCCCACUCCCCUUAUCAUCUUCACUCUCCUUCAGGUCCCUUCCGCCACCGCACUCUCCGUCAUCCACGUUUAGGUUUCCGUCCAUCAAAGCCUCCUCAUCGCCGUCACCGUCAACUAACGACCCCGCGUUUCCCAAACCAAUCAACGUUCCCUCACUCCCCCCUCUCCUCCAAGCCCUAAGCCCUAUUUUCUCCCCCGUCGUCGAAACCACCUGCAUCGUCAUUGCCGCCACCGCGUUCUUCUUCAUGCGCUUCCACCACAAUCCUGUAAUCGCCGCGCCGCUCUCUCCGCCCACGGUGGAGUCCUCACCGGAAUUUGCCUCCAGCGAAGAAGCUGAGAGGGUUCUGGAAGAGCGAUUGAGCAGUAACCCUGGCGACAAAGAAGCGCUUCAAGCUCUCAUGGAGUGCAAGAUCAGAGCGCGCAAUGUUGACGGAGCGAUUGAGGUUCUGGACCGUUUGAUUGAGCUCGAACCGGAAGAGUGGGAAUGGCCUCUGCUGAAAGCCAACAUGUACAUCUACAAUGGUGACAACGAGCGCGCGAGGAUUUUGUUCGAAGAUAUCUUGAAGAGAGAUCCACUUCGCGUGGAAGCGUUUCACGGCCUCGUGAUGGCUAGUUCGGAAUCGAACGAGUCGUUGAAGGGGGUGUUGAAGAGGGUUGAACAAGCGGUGGAGAAUUGCAAGAAGCAGAAGAAGGAUUCGGACGUGAGAGAUUUCAAGCUCUUGAUUGCGCAGAUCAAAGUGAUGGAGGGGAAUUUUUCUGAGGCUCUGAAAGCCUACCAGGAACUGGUGAAGGAAGAACCAAGAGAUUUUAGGCCUUAUCUGUGUCAGGGUAUUAUAUAUACUCUGCUGAAAAAGAACGAUGAAGCUGAGAAGCAAUUCAAUAAGUUUCGCAGGCUUGUUCCUAAGGAUCAUCCUUAUAAAGAGUAUCUCGAGGAUAAUAUGUUUGCAAGCAAGUUUUUCUCGCAGAAAUUGGAGAGGGAGGGAGCAGGUGCAAGGGGCUGACAAGAUCGUGUUAUCACUCUUGUGACACGGUUCUACUCAGGGGUGGGGUUGGGCAGCGAAAUGGUAUUGAAAGCAGAUGUGCAGGGUUCUUCAGAAUUUCUUGAUUAGCACUUGGUAAAUUCGGGCUGGAUUGACCAAGUUAACCUUUCCCCUCUCCUGGAAGAAAGCAAGGGGAAAAAACGAGAAAAUAAUUAAAGUGAAUAAUUAUGUUGUGAACCUUAGGACUGAUAGUUUCACAUUUACUACUUUAGUAUGAAUUGAUGUAAACUUUUGUUUAAUUUAUGUCUCUAAACCCAUUUUAACCUAUAGUGAUCGAUCUUGUUUUGUAUAGAUCUAAAGUAGGAUGGGCACUGUUCUAAAAUUUUGUAUACAGACUAAAUAAUAUAUAUUAUAUACAUGUAAUGGUCAAAAU